UUACCGUAUAUACAUUAGUUAAAUUUUAGAAACUGAACUUUUAUAUUUUUAUUAUAUUAUAUCCAAAUGUAGUUUUAGAUAUGGUUGUACUAAAUAUUAUUAAAAUAUAUUAAAUUUUCAUAAAAAUAUAGAUAAUUUUAUUGUAAAUAUAAAAUCAAGACGAUAAUGUUUAAUUUGUACUUAUAUCAAAAAAUAUAUAGAUAAAUUAUUAUUUUAUAAUUUUAAUGAGAUAUAUUUACAUUAGAUUUUCUAAGAAAUUAUUAUUUUAUUAUUUUAUCUUUUUAAUAUUUUGAACUGGUUUAACUCGAAACUAAACUUAUUUUAUUAAUUUAUAAUACUUAUUAAUUUAUUAAUUAUUAAUUUAAUAGUUACAAGACAAGUCAACUAGCGGAUAAAGCAAAAACACGAAGUACCCGACUUGCGGCCUAAAGGGUAGUAAAGAAUCGUGGUAACUAAUUAUAUGAAUUAACAUAUUGUAAAUUUCUUUAUUUCACUAAUGCAUGCACCAGUUGUCAACCAGAAGUAGUAAAUAGGUAGAAAAACAAUGAUAAAUCUUGAUAAACAAAUAAGGCAUACUUGGUGAAGGGAGUUGCAUUCAUCAUUGGAUAGGUGGACUGUUUUUUUGUUAUUAAUUCUUAAUGUAUAUUCUUAUAAGUUAAGAUAUCCAACAAAGAUAACUAUUUAAGAAUACUGAAUAUUUUUGUAGCUGUAAUCUUUUGUUUUUUCUAAAUUAGUUUAAUUUAUUUUAUUUUGUUUCAUUUUGCUUUUUAUUUUUGUUUUAUAAAACAGCUGUCAUCAUACAUUACCCAUCAUAUAUUUCUUAGGAAACUUAACAGGAGAUUCUUUUCUAUAAAUGAAAAAUGAGUAUAUACAUAUUUAAACUACUAGAUUUAGCAUCCAAUAGACAUGCAGAGUUGAUUUAAAUUCUAUAUAUUCAUAAUACAAAUACAUUCUCUAGAGUAUUAUAUAUAGAUUAUUCCUACAGUACAUAAAAUAAUACUAUAUAUUUCUAUGUUUACAAAAGGAAGAUGAAAUUUCUUUUAAAGUAAACAAAAGUGAAUUUGCAGCUUCAUUUCCACAAAUGACAAAAAAAACUUACUUAAAACUGUUAAAGUCACUAUAUAUAUAUACCUCUUUUUCUCAGGCUAUUAAUCCAACCAAAACAAAAACAAAUACCAUUUCUUUUAACGCAAUAGUUUUUGCAAGAGAAGCAAAAGCUUACGAGUAAGAAUUUGAGGAGUCAUGGAACCAAUACCUAACGAUGCUAAGUAUGUACAAUACAACAUAUCUGGCAAUAUCUUCGAAGUCCCCGCAAAGUAUAAGCCACCGAUCAUGACUCUUGGCAGUGGUGGCUAUGGCCUCGUUUGUUCGGCUGUGAACUCAGAGUCCAAUGAGAGAGUAGCAAUAAAGAAAAUCAUGCAUGCUUGUGAAAACCCAAUCCAGGCAAAGAGAACUCUCCGUGAAAUCAAGCUUCUUCGUCACUUAGAGCAUGAAAACAUUGUUGGAAUCAAAGAUAUAAUAGUGCCUCCUCAGAGAGAAUUUUUUGAAGAUGUUUACAUUGCUUUUGAAAUGAUGGACAGUGACCUUUAUAAAGUCAUAACAUCCUACGAAAAACUAACCAAAGAUCAUUACCAGUAUUUCUUGUAUCAAAUCCUGCGCGGAUUAAAGUACAUUCAUUCGGCCAAUGUGUUACAUAGAGAUUUAAAACCGAGCAAUCUCCUUGUGAGUGUGAAAUGUGAGUUAAAGAUCUGUGAUUUUGGGCUUGCACGUGCGGCUUCAGAGACUCAUGCAAUGACUGAGUACGUUACCACAAGAUGGUACCGUGCACCAGAGCUUCUAUUGAACUCUUCUACUUAUACCAAAGCUAUAGAUAUGUGGUCUGUGGGCUGUAUAUUCUUGGAACUGAUGACUGGCAGACCGCUCUUCCCCGGAAGAGAUCAUGUUCAUCAGUUUUGUUUGAUUCUUGAGUUGAUAGGCUCUCCAACCGAAUAUGACAUUGGAUCGUUGAAUGAUAGUGCUAAGCAAUACUUAAGGCAGCUUCCUUGGUUUGCUCGCCAAUCAUUCUAUCUUAAAUUCCCAAAUGUGCCUUAUUCAGCUAUUGAUUUGGUGGAGAAGAUGCUAAAGUUUGACCCUAGACAGAGAAUCUCAGUUGAGGAUGCACUAGCUCAUCCGUUUCUCGAGACUUUGCACGACAUUACCGAUGAACCAGUGUGCACGAAGCCCUUCGACGUUGAUUUAGAGGAACAUCCACUCGAAGUGGAGCAGAUUAAGGAGUUAAUCUACCAGGAAGCCCUAGCUUUCAACGCUGCACAGCAACAGGUGAAGAGGAAGAGUGACUUUUCCUUUUAAGCAACUCAUAAUUAAGCCAGUCAUCAUUGUCUUCUCAACUCUAUCAUUUGUCCUUUUUCAGUUUUUCUUGGAAACUAUCUUUUGUAUUUCUUUCAAUUUUCUGGAUAAUGGUUCUUAGAUAUUGAACAAUAAAAAUUAAUAAAUUAAUCUAUGAAUAUCUCAAUUUUGGGAUACACAUAAAUUAUUAUUGUAUUUAUAUCUAUUAUUUUUUUAUUAUAGUUUGGUUA